CAAGACCAAAAGUGCAGGCACAUCAUUUAUUGAUAAGACAAAAAGAAUGUAAUGAAAUUAUCAAUGUUCUUGAAUUAAUUAUGAACAUGAUUAAGAAAGCUAAAAUCUCAGGAGCCGGUCUCUCAUUACCCAUUCACUCUUAGGGAUUGCUUUCAUUCAGGGAAGGAGAGGCGAAAAAGCCUUCCAGUAGAGCCCACUCCGGCUCAGCCCUUCUCCCUGUGUGCCUGUCCCCUUGUCUCUGCUGCACGGGCCGACUGACCGACUCCACCAACACACCGGCUGCCUGCCAGCCAGCCCGCCUGGACGCGUCUCCUGCAUCCGCGCCUGCUACUGUGAUGCAGCCCGGCACAGCUAACAGCCUUGUGGCCUCUGACGUUUGCCUGGAAAAGAGAGGAUGUACUCUAGUUUCCUGAUCUACAACUACGUUCGAGCGCUGAGGUCUCGACCCUCCAUAAAAAAGAAACAUUCAGGGUAAGUGGAACUUCUCAGAUCUGUAGUUGGGAUUAAACUCUCUCUGUGCUGGAGUGUCAGUCAGCUGCAGCUGUCUUGAAAAAUCAUUUUCCCUUUAUUGCAUGAAAGAAAUCAAAUGAUCUCACUGAAAUAUUUUUUAUUAGAAAGAAAUGUCUUUCUUGGUUUACUUUAACAAAGCAGCAUGAUUAAUUUUGGUCAAAGUAAUACGAAUGUUGUUUAAGCUUCAUGUAAUAGUCCUGUCUUAAAAACCUGCUGAUAUUAUCCAUCUGUGUAGUUAAUUUUUAGUUAUCUUGUAAUCAUCUGAUUUUCUGGUUGAAUUAUUAAACACAAUCUCUACUGUGUAAUUUAAAGAAGAAACCAAGCAGGUGAAUAACACUAGUUUAGGUCCCUUUUUCUUUUAGUUCAACGAUCUUUUUUUUUUGUGAUGAAAACAAUUAUGCAUGUCAGAAAAAUGCCAGAAAAGGAAACCAAUAAUUUAGCAUUUAUGUAAUUUAUCUAACUUGAUGAUAUUAUUGAUAAAUCAUGCAUGAGAUAAAAGGAAUCUGCAGUGAUUUAAAAUCAUACUUUUUGCAUUGCCUCUCUGCUAAAGUGUCCUUUCAGAACUAUGUGCAUAACACCAAUUUGUAGCACAUUGCGUCAUUGUUAUAUGAGAGAAGCCAUGCACGUAAAACAAAUUUGAGUUUCUAUUUAUCCAUUUAUAUUCAGUGAAAGAGCGAGAAAAAUAUUCUGCCAAAGCUACACAGCUCUGGCUCUGCCUAUCUUUCUUCUGCUCAGUCACAUGGGACGAUAUAUGGGGCUAUACUCCCUGAAGUAUUGGGAGUUUCAAACAAAGUCUCAAACCCACUGUCUCUCCUCCAGAUUCACACCAUCUCUCUUUAAGGCUGCCUCUUUCUAGCUUUCUUUCCACGUACACACACUCACACACGAGCCUGUGUGCACAUAGACAUGCUCAGGCAUACAGUUGAUUUAGAAAUACAAACCCAUGCAUUGUUUUAAUACAAACAGAAUAAACACAUCUAACACACUGCUGUUUAUUCACACUUGGAUGUGAACAGUUUUUCACCUCACCAAACCUCAUGUUAUCUUUUAGGUAUUUUGAAGUAAAUGUUUAGGUGAUUAACAAUUCAUGGCAAGACAAAAGAAAACAUGCACUCAUUCUGAUCUUUUACAUUUAUUAAAACCAUGAAAUACCAAGCAGUGUGGUGCUCUGCUUUCCGCCAUAGAGAAAAAUAUAAACAGUUUUUUUUUCCUCUGUCUUGAAAAGGAUUUCAGGAUUUCUGCUACAAAAUCAAAGAAAGAAAGACUCACUAUAACAGAGAGAAAACAAGAGGGGCAAAGAAAGAGAGUGAUCUCAGGGGUUAAUGGCAAUCCUCCUGUCCCAGGGAUUGAUCCGAGUAUUGGAUCGCACAUAAAGCUGCAGUUACUGGAUAUUACCCUGCCGCUAUCGGCCUGCAGUGAUGGCCUGGAUAAGAAGUGCUUACCAAAGAGGAUGCUCCUCUAGGGCAGAUACGGUUUCCCAGCCCUCUGGGAACAACAACCACAUGCCUGCUGCUUGCUCAGGAACUUUCUACCUCAUCGAGUAAAUCCAGGGGCCUUAUCAAGUUACUGGCCUACUGAACUGCUCAAAAAAUGUUUAAACCUCCUCAGAUUUUGAGCUGCGUAUGGGUUAGAGCAGUCAUUAAACAGCACCUGCUUUUCAUAGAUAAGACUGUUGAUUAUUUUGUUCGUUCGGCUUGUGUUUUAUGUCAGCUGAAGUAGCGUUAUCACAGAUUUAACACAAUGCAGUUAUAUAGAUUUUUUCUGGUCUACAUGGUUAAGUUGCUGAGCUACUCUUUAACAGAAUCAUAAAGUUUACUUUUUUCACUCAGGCUGAGUCUUUUUUGCUCGCCUUGACUACUUAUUGUAAUUGCUUCAAACUGUUUUAGCGGGCAAGCUUCGGGACACUGUCCUCAAAUCAGCCCUGUCUGCAUUUCGUCUUUUGGCUUCACUUCGGAUGAGUAAAGGUUUUAGCUGAUUCCAGAUCUGUGCCAGGAUGGGCAGCUCUACCCAUGAGCAUCUGCUGUAUGUCUCUCAGUGGCAUUACCCAUGAAGCACCUGGCUUGUGCCACACGCCAGCAACCAGAGCCCAGAUGGCAGCUAAACAGGCUAAUUAUUUCAACACAAAACUCUGAUGUCCCACACCAGCACUGUGGGGCCUCUUUGGCAUUCGGCAUUUCUCUCUCCAGCUCUGCCGGAGAGGAAGUCUGCCACAGAGCUAUAAAGAUGUCAAGUGGGUAAUCACGGUCAUAGACAGGCCCCGGUACAGUGCUUGGAGUCCAGAUGUAAAGAUGGUUGUGUGUGGUGUCCUUUGGAGAAACAAAGGCAUUUGGCAGAGUGGGAUGGUGUAUUGUUUUUUCCCAUGGUGCUCGUUGAUGCAGAUGCCUGAUCAUUAAAUUCCUGAGUUCACAAUGACACAAAGUUAAGAGAUUUUGGAUCCUAGUUUGGACUAAAUACUGACUCAGUUUGUGUACAAUAUUUCAUUACAGCAUGAGUGAGUAGAGUCAAAAAAGUUCAUCCACUUCAAGUUGGCACUUUGGUUAACAGCUGACUAUACUUUGGACUGAUUCUUGGUGUGAGUCUUUAAACUACUGAUGGAAUAAAUUAGCGUCUGACUCAGAUUUCUAAUCUGUUCAAAAUUUAGUCACUGGCUCAUGUCUUGUCUGUCUGUCUCCUGGUGGCUGUACAGUGGUAUUGCAAUGUCCCUUUACAUCCCACCAAUAUGGGACCCGCCUCCUAGAUUCCUAAUAAAGGAAACAGUUUCUGUAUACAAAAAGUAAUUGGUUGCUGCCACACUCAUACAGUCUGGACGUUGUAGUUCAUUGUAGCAUGUCACCUCGAAACUGUCAGGUCAUAGAGCACCUGUCAACACCCCUGCUGCUUGGUUGAAGUGAGAGGCAUGCUGGUGUGCAAUCUGAAAACUAUGACUUGAUGUUGUUGGAUAUUUUUUUUAGCUUGAUGGAUUGAAACAUCCUCAGAAACAUUGACUAAUUUUCUAAAAUACUGAAACAUGUUUAUUGAUGCAGCUACAGGCCAGCACUAAAGUCUCAGUGUGGUCAGACCACUCUACGGUUGUCAGCCUGCAGUUGCAAGCUCUUAAGUACUCCAGCUGCAGUGCACUGCUGGCUUUAACCAAAUUACCCCUGGUGGUCCAGUAACCGAACAAUAUCAACAUCUUUAUCUGACAUCUGAGGUUCCAGUUUCCCUGUACAUCCUCUCUCUGAGGUUGAUGAAGUGUUACCAUUAGGGCCCAUCUCCUGCAUCCACAGAGGAGGAAUCGGUUGAGCUUGAUAAAGCUGGCACUUAGAACAAGGUGCAGGUCUCACAGCGAUAACCUACUGACUCCAGCAUUAAAGACUCCACCAAUGGGAGAACAGCCUACAUCUUGAUCCAUUGCCUCUUGUCAGAGGAGGGAAUUGCUGGCUUGGGGAAAUUUAUUUGGUGUUUUUUGCAGCCCAGUGUGCAAGCAUGGAGAAAAUACCUCCACAGAUUGAUGUAGAAAAUUAGUAGACACUUAAGAAAAACAGGAACCUCUUACCCACAGUGGAUUAAAAGUAAUGCGAUGCUAAAACAUUAAAACAGAACUUAAAGAUUUUCUCUGUAAAAGCAAUUAAUACAUUUAGAUUUUAAAGGAGGAUUUUUGAUUAAAUAUUUAACCCUUUUAAAACAUUUGGUAACACUUUACUUGACGCCUAUCUGUGUAACACAUUAUAAAAAUAUGUACGAUGCGUUGUAAUCACAUUAAAGCACUGUAAAACUAUAGUUAUAAACACUCACAAAUGAUCCUAAUGUUUUACAGCAAUAAUCAUAACACAUUAUAAAGCAUUUUAACAUGACAUACAAGGUCAGGUAUUAUAAUGUGUUAUGCUUAUUGUUAUAAAGCCUUGUGAUAAUUAACGAGUGUUUAUAGCAACACUGUCUCUUUUAGACAAUUUGUCUUAAAUUGUAUCUAAAAAAUACAUUUGGUAACACUUUACUUGAUGCCUAUCUCUAUAAUCCAUUAUAAAUAUAUCUAUAAUGCAUUAUAAUCACGUUAUAACACUGUAUAACUGUAGUUAUAAACACUCAUAAAUGAUCAUAAUGCUUUAUAACAAUAAUCAUAACACAUUAUAAAGCAUUUUAUUAUGACUUACAAGGUCAGGUAUUAUAAUGUGUUAUACUUAUUGUUAUAAAGCCUUGUGAUAAUUAAUGAGUGUUAAAUACAUCAUAAAUAUAUGUCUAAUGCAUUAUCUAUGUGUGCAUUGUCAGUGGGUUGUUAACAGUUAUAACACAUUAUAAUACCUGACCUUGUAAGUCAUGAUAAAAUGCUUUAUAAUGUGUUAUUAUUACUGCUAUGAAGCAUCAUGAUCAUUUAUGAGUGUCUAUAACUAUAGUUAUACAGUGCUAUAACAUGAUUAUAAUGCAUUAUAUAUAUAUUUAUAAUGGGUUAUAGAGAAAGGUGUCAAGUAAAGUGUUACCAAACAUUUUUUAUAAAUAAAAUUUAAGACAAAUUUUCUAAAAAAAGACAAAAUAUAAACUUAUGUAAGGUAGACACUAACUGCUUGUUAUUGUUGUUGAGUCAGAACAAGGGGAAAAAAAUGUCCAGCUAAAUUUAAAAUACAGCCCAUUGUUGUGUCUUUCUAGACUCAAACUCAGAGACAAAUUGGGUGAAAUAAAGCAAUAAAGACUCAUAAUUUGUCCCAGUACACUUCUACCUCAUCCUCUCACCCUCCUCCUCUCUUCCUCUCCCUAAAGUGUGUCCCAUCUGCUUUGGGGACCUCUCCCCAGCAUGCAGGAGCAGGAUAAGCACACCAUUUCCCUGUCAAUACUUUGCUAUUAGCCUCUGCAGAUCCAUAUAUCACUGAGCUGUAGGCUAUGAGCUGGUGUAGGGUGUUCUUCUUAUCUGAAUGGCCGAGGCCGCGGUGCUCCUCCCUGCCCUGCACUUUGAUUUAUCCAACCAGUAGGUUAAUGGGAGAAGGAGCCUGGCUCUUUUACGUUUACCCCGAGGGGGGAAAAAUGUGUGCAUAAAAAGGAGGGAGAGGAGGGUGGAGGAGCAGCAAGGAUGUGUCCUAAAAAGCCACAAAUAGGACCCCAGUUUUAUCAUGAGUUAUGCUGGUGAGUAUAGAUUGUAAAGAUGGUAACUAUCUGAGAGAAGCUUAUUGUAAUUUAAACAUGUACAGGGUCAGACUGGCUUUCUCUUUCCAACUUUUAAGGAUGUUGGAGAUGCACUUUUUUUACUUUCUUGCGUGAAAGUGUUUAAAUUAAAUGACUUAAAAGCUAAGGCCAAAAGACAUUUGGCUUCAGCUUUAUCUAACAGAGGAUACAAAGCCUGGCUCAGUCAGUCCAAAGGUAAUAAAGUCAGCCUGCAAAGAUCUCUUAGGGUAAUUUCUGGUGAGUUGGUGGUUUUGACAGAGACUGUGUUGACCUAUGCCACAAUUUCAGAGCCAAUUUUUGUGAAAUGGCUACGUUUUGUGCAGUGGACCAUUGUAGGUAUUUCACGGUUUUGAGUGAGACUGUGUUGGUUUAGACCAGUAAAAGUCAAGGAUAUAACAGCAGGGUAACAAAGCAAACAAAUGAACACCUCUUGCUUUGUUUGAUACAUGGAAGAAAAAAAUUAUUUAAUCACAAAAAUGUCAAACUUUAUCUUCAAUACUGCAGCUCAUCAAAACUUCAAACAAGUAAAGUAGAAAAGAAACAGGAGAACACAACAGGUAAGGUAAAAAUGUUUGUUUUCUUCAGUCUUUUUUUUUUGUGGUUUGUUUUUCUGGUGGGAAGUCAGUGAGAGGUCAAGUCUGUGUAGUUAGAUUAAGGACUUCAAAUGAGGGCGGGGGCGCCUGCAUUGAGAUGAUGUAAAUGAAGAGACACAACGCACCAGUUAGUGACUUUGAGUGGUGAUACAAGGGGUUUGACUUUUCCGAUUAAGAGAAGAUGAAGACCAAGCUAAGAUGAGUAGCUGCAGAACUGUACUGUGGAGUGUGAUGGCAGGCAAGCUGUGAUGGGACAGUAUCAGUCAAUGUGAUGAUAAUCCCUUUAUUCAAGCAGCAUACGCCCUCGCUGCGUGUUGUGUUUCAUGGAUAAAAUGCGACAUGAGCGCGGUAAAUUAUGAUAAAAGGUGGUCCUAACAGGAGACGUGUAGCUCUUGAACACCUCUCCAGAUCAGUGAGUUACAUUGCCUGUUACAUCAGUGAGUUUAUAACCUGCAGAUAUUUGGCCUGGAUCCAAGAAGAAACUGUCUAAUGAGCAAGCUGUGUCAGUGUCUCUAGCAGCUCCCUCUCAGCAGUCUGCCUGUACAGUUUGCAGUGUGUGUGUGUGUGUGUGUUAGUGUGUAUCUGUGUGUGCGUGUCUUAAAAGCAACAGAAAAUUCUCAGUGUUGAAGGCAUUUAGCUGUGGGAUAGAGAGGCAACUCAGGAACUCACACAGCAGCACAACAGGGGAAGACAAACCACUGCCAGAUAAAUGUCCUACUUAGCUAUUACACUGUAGUACAUUUCAGCGAGAACUCAGACCCCUCCCCCUGCUAGCUUUCAACAGCGAACACACACAUACACACCUUCCAUGAAAAUAUCCAGCAUAUGGUUGUAUGCUUCUAGCUUGUAUCCCAAGGCCAGUUUCCCCAGCUGGCUCCCUGAGAGAACAGAGAGAAGGGGGAGAGGAACAGAAGAUACAUGGAGAGCAAAAAGACAAGAACAUGCUCAAAGAGUAGUAGAGGAGGGAAGGAGGGAAAAAUAGAGAAAAAAGAGGGAGAGAUAGACGUAAAGGUAAGAAGAGGAAGAGAGGAGAGGGUAAAGGGGGUGAUGGUGUGUGUCUCACAUCCCUCCUCGCCCUGUGGCAGAUGUAUUUUAGGUUCGGACUGUUAAGUACCUGAUAAUUAGUUUGCCUGUGAGGCAUCAGUCAUUACGGUUCUGUUGCGAAUAACAAGGCUAAAUCAGGGACGACAGCUUUUCUCUGUGAUUUACACACACUCUUACAAAGAUGGUGUUACACCCCCCUUAGAUCAGUAAGACAAAAAAACAAGGCAUGAUGUGUGAUUGAGGAGCAUACUGUGUGAGAAACAUCUGUGGAUAUUUUUUAUUCUAAGGGUCCUCACACACCGGGAUCAACGCAAAUAUACGACGCAAAAUUACAAAGUAUUCAGAGGCGAAUUUUGACACGCCUGACUAUACACAUUAAGCUCGAUGCGAGUUUGCAACUUUCCAGGGUGAAAAAAGAUGCAUUCCGGGUGGAAGCGAGAAGACUGACACAACAGCAGACUGACUGUUUUCAGUUCUGAUUAGGCACAAGUCUUGAGAUGUCUGUCUGUCAUGAUAGCAUGUACUGAGUCGGGGUCAGUACCAGAUCAGCACAUUAAACUAUAAUCCAUAAAUGUAAGGUAACAACCGAGACCUAAUGGUGCUGUGACAGCAACGCGAUUGAGUUUGAAACAGUGAAAAUACAUAUGGUAUGUUGUAUCUGAACAGGUUAGCUUACGAGCUAAAGUUACUUAGCACAGAUGAAAGUUAAAACAAAAGACGUUUAGCAAACUGUUAAAGCACACAAACCAUCGUCAUAUGAGAAAUCUGAUGCUAUGACUCUCCACAAGUUGUCCUUCAGGUCGUUAUCUUUGUAAUAUUUGUGUCUUUUAUCAAAAAGCACUCUGUUCUCCAUGUAAACAAUCAGCCGGUCGACCAUGUUGGAUAUACCGAUGAAUCAGACGUUGCAACAACAAUCAAUCUGAUUGGUCAGAAGUGGACACACAGUAUGUGAAACUUUAGAAAAAUUGACCAUGAUCCGAAAAAAUAAAUGCCGCAAUAUCGCAGGACGGGAAAAUGUCACUGAUGUGAACACUUGUAUUGACAGGAUACAGGUUCGAAAAAAAAAAUAUUGACGUCUGAAAUAAUCGCACUAAAAAAAUGGUCCCGGUGUGAAAGGACCUUAAAAGCGAACCACAUAGCUGCUCAGUUGGUUCAAUGUAAUAACCUGUAAACAACAUUUUUAAUACCAAAAACAGUUUGCUCACAAGUUUUGUGGAAAUGAUCUCCAGCAUAAGGUGUUUAAUAGUAUGAUUUUAAGUCAACAGUUGGUAUUUUUCUUGUUUCAACAAGUCAUAUCAAUAUUUCCUCUCUGUGUUUGUAUCGAUCGGUACAGAUACAAGUAGAUGUUAUCUUUCACUCAAGGACAUUUCAGGCACAGUUUGUACAGACACUGUUCAGUCAGUCAGUCCUGGCCUUGAGUCUGUCUGUUGACUGACACACACCCGACCACAAGAGGGAUGGUAUUAAAAUGCCUGCCCUGUAAUGAUCUAAUAAUCUAACUCAUAUGAAGAAAAUAUAAUCAGAAAUACAUAAAAACAGCUCAGAACCAAUUGGGGAAAUCAUUUAUUCAGUGCUAUUGAUUGUAUCUCCCAUCCGCGACGUAGUACCUUUAAUUAUCCAAAGCUAUUCUACAUCAAAGACAUGAAGCAAUUGAAGGAGAGAAUUCCAUUAUAACAAGAGAAAAUAUUGCUCUUUAGAUCCAGUAAACAUAAUUACAAAACCUCAUCUCACCUCUAACACUGACAGAAGUUGCAGAAACAUGACGUGCUUGGAGUCUGUUGUUUUUUUUUUUUACAGGUAUCACAUGAUUAUUCUGAGAUAACUGCUGCAGACCUGAGCGAGCCACUCUAGAAUAUUAAAAGCUUCGUACGGACAGAAACGGCGAGGAGACAAGCUACUUUUUCCAACUUAGACGAAGGUUUCCGUCAAAAACCAUAGAGGGGUAAACGGCACGUGCAGAAAACUCAAGACAUACGCAGUUGUUUUCCAUCAAUGUCUGAGAAUUCAUUGUGAGCUGUAAGAAGCCAGUUUGCAUAUUGCUGCUAAUAAUCCAGCCGCCCCUGCAGACAUCUUCAUUACCGUGAUUGCGUUGUCUUUUAACAGUCAAUAACCUGCAAAGCAACCAUGCAUCGCGUCUUGAAAGGGUUAACAUGAUUCUCAUGUGCAGCCGCCUCAACAUCCAUCAUGUUUCUCUGUAACCAGAUCAUAGCUUCAAUCACAGGCGAGAUUAGAUAGUAGUCUAUUAAUCUCCCAUAUUAAGCAGAUCCAUUUGUGAAAGCAAACGGCCCGGAGAGGCCAUCCUUUCACUUGUUGUCUGUAAAUCUGAUUAGCAAGCAUAACGACAUGUUGCUGAGGGUCACAGGAGAUAUAGAUUGGUCCUGCCUGCAUCUCCACUCUCGAUGGCGGGGGUGUUGCAAGAAUGAACAAUUUUAUGUUCAAGGACUCAUGGGAAUAUCUCCUGUAGUCACCUAGUUUAUUGAGCUGGCAAGAUAAUUGGAGGGAGGGUUCAUUUGAGGAAUUCUAAUUUUCAAAGCACAGCGCGGUGUAUUUUAUGAAUUUUAAGGAGAGCCUCUCUGCCCUUAACACUUUACAUACAGCAAAAUAAAACCUCCCAUACACACAGUGCAGAUAUCCUUGGCUUCUGCUCUUGUCUCAACACUUGUAAUUUCCAGGGCAGAGUGAGGACAUGUGUCAUUAAUAAACUACAAAGACACAUUUGCAGCAUUGCCCGAGCAGACUGGCUCUCCAGAUGGAGAUGUAAAUAAAAGAGUAGAAGUCCGGUUGGUUAUUCUGUGCUGCAAUGAUGAACACAUCUGUCCUCUCAUAAAUACUUUUCAGAUCCUACGCUAGAGAAGCAAUAUCACACGUGCAAGUAAAGUAAGUUACCCUGCAUUCAUUCAUUCAUGUCAGUCAAGACUUUUUACAUUUUCCGCAUUAAAUGUAGACGAAAAAUGAAACAUUUGCUGUCAAAAAUCAGCAGGAAGACAUUUCUUGUCAAACAAUGCUACUGAAGCAUGUAGAGGACAAGAUAAGUAAAGACUGCUUUGUCCAGAGGGGGCACCGAGCUGACAUAAACUUAAAGUUCCUUACAGGAGCAAACAAAAUAGCACCAAGACUAGUUUGGUGAGAUCAUAGAUUGUAUCUAGAAUGGACGCCGUCUGCCUCCUCUCUGGGUGAAGCCACUCCGAGAACAGCACCCUCUGUUGACGGGCUGCAGUACAGGUCAUAAAUCCUGCCUCCGCCAGCAAAGCUUAUGGAGCUGUGGACAAAAUUUAGAAAUGUAGUCUGGUUUGUGCUCAAGUCUUCUUUUUUCUGUACAGCUCCAUUUUAAAAGUUAUUGGGGGGUUCAUGUUUUCUAUGAUUGUAACCCGAUACAGCCUAUGGGCGCACAAAGAUUGUAUAGCUCAUUCAGGGGAUACGCUGUUUGAGCCGAGCUCUCUGUGACUCUCCUGCCAAAUGCGUACAACGCUACUGCGCAAUGUUGGUUUCAGGAAAUGAAGAAAAAUCCUGGGAAUAUCGAGAGCUUUUUGGCUUCAAAUCCGUAUCGAGGCGGGAGAAGGAACCAAGUUGUCCAUAGUAUAUACAAUGUAUGGGUGAGAGUACUAAGAGUAGUAUGAUGGUACUAAGAACUGAUACUGGCUUUUUUUCCGAUGGCUGUAUGUAUAAAAGUUAUCACUUCUUUUUUACAUUAUAAAAUGUGUAAUAUUUAGUGGGCAAAAAUUUACAUACAUUAGUAUUCUGUUCUCACUAUUUCCAAUCAAAACCACUCUUUCCCAUUUUUGUUCAGAUUGGAGUAAUAAUGUCGUUUCUUAUAUUUACAUCUUAAUGUCAAACAGAGGAUACUCACUGGACAAACAUAAGAAGUCUAUUUUUUUGUCGUAAAAUUAGAGUAACUGGCAUGACUGUGAAUAAGUGUGGAGAUCAGAUUAUACAGAGCAGGCUGGGAUACAUCAGCCAAGUAGCCACUCUAGAAGCAGCGAGAGAAACCUCUGGUCUCCCUGGAAAAGGUUGGUCGUCAAGUGCUGCCAACUCAGUGAUGAUCUAACUUCUGGUUGUCUCAGUGAAACUUUCUGCAGUUCACAAAUGGCUGCUUAAAGUUUGAGUGGUGCUUAUGCUAGCUUUAGAUGCUGCUUUGUAUUUCUUUAUUUCAUGUUCAGCUUUUUAUGUUCUUUGUCCUUCUUUAAGAAAAAUUACAGCACAUGUUCUGCAGGUUGCAGUCCUGUUAUCCUCCUCUGAAACAGUGUUCUUGCUGUCCUUCUUUCUUACAUGUAAUGGCCGGUCACAUACCCCUGCUUUCCGUGUUGGAGUGUGUCGGCUUGUUGAUAAAUAAAUGAGAAAAUUAUCCGAUAAAAUUGAAUAUUUUGAAUAAUUAAUAGCAAUUAGCUAUUGUAUUAUCAAGGCUAAUAACCGAUCAGCCCAGUGUUUUCUGUGCAUCCACUGACAGUUUUUGAUUCUGUGUGCUUGACUGUGAUUCUUCAGGAUUAUGGAUGGAAAUACUGACCCAAUUUCAUCAAAACUGGAGAAAAGAUUCACUUUUGGCUAACGAAGAAACGGUACUAUGUUUUUGGAUUUGAUCAUGAUCCAAAUCAGGAGCAGUUGAUAAAGUAGGCCAAGUUUUUAACCUCUUUAGAAAUCUAUCCUGUCCCAUAUAAUUUGUUUCUGUUCGAAGGCUUUACAUGUGAGAUCAUUUUAUUCAUAUAAUAUUCAAUCUGAAACAGUGAGCUGUAUUGUCUUUUGUAUACAAAGAUAUGCAAAGUGACCAUGUACAAGUAUCAGCAGCUGAUAAAUACAGUAAUAUAUAAUUGUGUAGUGGUGGUAUUAACCAUCGUAAAAUAGAUACAUAUAGGUACAGUCUGUGAUUUCGUUGCCAUGUAGCGUCUCAUUUGAGUCACUCAAGGGGUCAUUUUUACUGUGGACUAUUCAGAGGUCAUGAUGGCCAUGAUGAUGAUGAUAAGGAUGAAGAACAUGCAGAUGAUGUCACUGAUCUUUAUUUAGCUUUCUUACCUCAACACACACACUGGAAGAGAGCCUGUGCCAGGUAUCCGGUUUCUCUCUUUGACUUGACUGGGACAGUGAGGAGGAGGAGGAGGAGGAGGAGAAAGAUCUUUUUACAGCGAGCGUGGGGACAGAUCUGUUUACUUGGGGAAGUUAAUUGAUUGGGAGGAAAGGUGGUGAAGAGAGAGAGAGGAAGAAAAGCGGUGUAAGGGGCGAAACGAGGAGGGUCAGGGGGGUAUUGAUCACGUGACUGCUCCUGCCAUAACCUCCGAUAUGUCUCAGUGCUUUUAUUGCACUGUAAUGCCAAAUAAGAUUGUUUUUUCUAAAAACAGCAGAGAAAAACAACAUGUGCUCAAUGAGAGGGUAAAACAAGGCAAUGAAUCAUUUUGGCACUCAUUAAGAUCAAUUUUUAACCUUUUUUUUUUCUUUUUUCUUUUUUCACUGACACUGCAGCCUCUCAAAAGGUUAUGUUACAUUUUUUUACUCAAAGUUGCACACAAAACAUUGUUUAGCAAACUGUCAUUUCCACAGAUUAUUUCCAGCCACAGUGUCAGGUUUUUCUGUUUCUUUUAGUAGCAGAUGUUCACAUUGUAAUGCACCAGCAUUUUUAAUGAAAACUCAAAAUAACUAUUUAAUGCCUGAAAACACAAAUUAUGGCCAGAAAAUUCACAUUUUUUUGGAGCUGAAAUGUUUAUUUCACUUACCACUAAAAAACAAAAAAAAGCAAGAUGUCCUUAAAAUUUAACAAAUAUAUAUAUUUAUCUUGUUUGAUACAUUAGAUGUUUUCGUAAACUAAUAAAACCACAAGAGGACAUUUUCAUCAUUUAUCGGACUGUAUUCAGGUGUGUUUUUUAGUAAUUUGUUGAUCAUAUUGAUUUAAUAAAAGUAUGUAUCAAAUAUGAUACAAAAGGCAUUAAAGGGAUAAAUUAGAAUUGAUUUGCUUCACUAUGACUGCUUGUUAGUUGUUUAAACUGAUUGUAAGAAAAAUUCACAAAUCAGAAGAUUCUGGUAGAUUUAAGGUUGUUUUUUUUUGCAUCUAGUCAGUGAGAAUAAUAUUAUCGUCUUUGCUAGUCUGCACUCAAACUACCUGUGGGUUAAACAAGUGAUUAGUUAAGUUUUACUAUGAGUUUGAAAUUUAACCAUAUGUUGUUUUUAAAAUAUAGUGCAGCCACGCUACUUGCUAUUAAUGGCUACUACUAUGUUCUACAAUCCUCUACUACCCAGAUGUAAACAAGACCAGAUAACAGAUGACAUCUCCUGAAGCGGCACAGUUUGUCAGUAUGACAGUUCUUAUUCAUGCAGGUCAUGAUGACCACGCCCCCUUUCACUGACGAUGCCACCCUAGGCCAUACAUUUCAGCUCUCGACCCAGUCCUCCUAGAACUGAAGAAGCCUUUUGGAGAAGAGGCAAAACAUCUUCAAGAUAACCGAAGAAGUCCAGUUGCCAUUUUAAAAGAAGUUUGUCAGUGUGGUUUGAGGUUGUCAAACUCGUCUCUAAAACUCUCCAUGCUGUUUUAGCAUCAGAUUGUUGUCUCAUUAUAUCAGUGUUGUUGUAUUUAAUGCAUGAAGUCAUUAUGUUUUAAUGCUGCUUUCUCAGCAUUAAUACAUAUUUUAAUUUCAACAGUAAUUUGAACAAAAAUUUAACAACUAUAUAAACUAGUUUUGCCACAUUGACUUGCAAAAAGGAGUGUGAUAGUUUGAAUAGAUGUGAGGUUAAGCUGUUAUAAAGGGUAUUAUCUCUGCUUUGCUUUCACUGGACCUGUUUUAAUCUCAUGCUUAUUGUCUUGUACGGCCCUUUGUUGCAUCCACUAUUUAAGAUUUUAUUAUCCUUAUUAUUAAGUUGGCCAAAACAUGAGGCUAUAAAAGUGCUAUUAUUACAAACAAACAAAAAAGUCCCUUUUCUGCAUAGGGUCCUUCAGGGAGAGAUAGAGAAUGAAACUGAGAGCAAUGGAGUGCGGUCGGCAUGCCGUCCACUUUGUAUUGGAUAGACCACAUUAAUUAUUUAAUGGCAGGGCUGCUAGCUAUUAUUACAGAAAAACAGUGGACUGCAUGUGGACGCUUCCCUCAUGUUUGUAUGUCAAUACACACCUUGCCCUCAUGGGCUCACCAUACCACUGUGGAGCUCACAUCUUAAAACAAGGGCAUGUUGCAUAGGUUAUAUUCACAAAGCAUGGUGCAAAACUCAUUCUCUCAGUAUAAAUAUCCAGUUAAAAGAAAAUGAGAUACAGCGUAUCACUGCAAAGUUUGUCCCGCCAUUAAAUGCACACAUGGUGGGUUGUGCACAAUGUUUAUAAAUGUGUCUAUAAGAGAGUGAUACAGGGAGACAGGUACGGAGCAAGUGCUGUAGUGGAAAGAAAAGGGAGGGCUGGAGAUGAGGGGGGAAGUGGCUGCUCAGAUUUGUUUGCCGUGUCAUUUUUAGUUCUCCUCUCCUCAGUGACGGCCCUUCCUGCCCAGAUGGACGUUUCUCUGUUAUUCACUCUAAGGUUAUGGUUUUAGAUUGAGGGCAAAGCCUGCAGCCCGCUGUUUGUUUUGAAGGAAUCCAUUGUCAAUACGGACGCAGCGGCACUCGGAUUGUUUGCAGAGUUAAUAGUAGUUUGAUGAUGUCAUUCUCAGUGACCUGAAGAGAAAUUGACCCCUGUUGUGUGAGUAUUUCUAAAAUGCCACCUGCACAAUUAUGGUUGGAGUGUCCCUGGGCUGUUGUGUGUGAGGUUUGUUUUAUCCGAGAUGGUCCUGCUCUCACACAUAGUUAAAAACACGCACACACACACACACACAGAGAAGGAGGAGGACGUCUGCUGCUACAGUUUAAAUUGCUGACCCAUACCUCCACACCUUCUGAAAACAUGUUCAUUGAAUGUCAGUAAGAAUCAGAUUCCCCAUAGUGAUGAUGAAAUAAUUUAUUCAUCAGGAGUGAUUUAGAGCGUUUCAGCAUGAACCUCAAACAGCUUUGUAUUAGUUGUCUUUUCACCACAGCACAGAAUAAACCUCAUAAUAAGGCACUGUUAGCAAUGAGGCUCUUUAGAUGUAUGCUUUUUCUUUUUAAUGAUUUGUUGAAAAUAGGUUUUCCCACAUUUACUGAUGCACAAAGAAUAAAAUGAAGCAAGAGGCUACAGAUAUGGACAAAGAUACAUUCAUGAAGGGUGAACAUUACAUAAUUCAAAGAUAAACUGCUGUUCCUGCUCUUUAUCUUUGACAAAGAUGACUUAAUUCAAACCCUUUCUGGUCAUGUACUUCGAUAAUUAGAAGACUGCUUUUCUUGUAUUAGUCUAGGCCCUAUAAUUCUAUCUGUUAAAACACAGAGAAAUAUAAAGAAUAGAAAUAAAGAAGAGGAAAGCAAGAGGAGUAAACCCUCUAGAGAGAUGUAUAAUUCAUGUUCACAACAUACCAGGCUGUCUGUGUGCAAGAUUGUGUGUGUGUGUGUGUCUGACUAGAGCUUCAUGCUGUAGGAUGAUCACUGUGUAUUUGCUGAAUCCCUGUCUCUGUGUCUAUAGGGUUCAGGUCAGACAGCAGACUGGAUUUAGCCGAGCAGAGGCUUGAGACGGUCAUGGUGGGAUUUCCUCGUUCUCCACUGGAGGUGUGAUAUAUAGUGAGCUAUGACUUUGACUGUGUUCCCCUGGUAUUCAUAGUGAUGGCAGAUGUUCAAACUUAAUAAAACAGUCCAAACGUGUUGGCACAUAUUUAUAAAAUGCUGAACCAAAAUAAAUGAAAAAGCAGUUUUUGAUGUGAUGGUGGGAAACUGCCUUUGGUGAAGUACUUGAACCACAGUCAUUGUCGUAUUUCACAUACUAUUUGAUUAACCUAUUCAGGCUUAUGAUGGUUCAGUUUUAAUCUAUUCGGGACUUUUCCUUUGGAUAAAAUACACAGAAAUUCACUGUAUUAAAUGAGUAUACUUCAACUAUGAUCAUACUUACAAGUCUGUAUAGGAUUAUAGAGCCCAAUACAAUACCUGUUCAAGGCGACAAAUCACUUUACAUUGCCCCAUUAUUUUUAUGCUAAUAUAUGGAUACUAAACAAAUGUAUAUUUUAAUGUGUUUGUCCAGGAUAUUUACUGAUUGUCUUUGUCCUCAAAUAUCAACCGGCUUUAUUGUUGCCCUCAAGUUUGUUAAGCUUCAGUGGGCAACUUUUGAUGAGCGUUAUCUUUGGCAUCUUCAGUCUUCAAAACAGUCUUAUUAUUGUUUUAAGAGCUGUUAAGUCACAGUUAAGUCAUUGUUAAUUGCUGUUCUUGAUUGUGUUGUUUUUCUGUAGAAGUUGGGAAUACUUAAGAAGGUUUAUUAUCAACCUAAAACAUGAUAAUACAUGAACAAAAACAAAAUUAGAUACUCAGUUCUUAGUUGAAAGGAAAUACACUGAUUCAAAAGUACUUCACAAAAAAAAAGACAAAGACAAAAUUGGCUCCUAAAAUGUAGAAAAACAAGAACUUUGUCGUACUUAAACUAUACUUUAAGUUUCUGUAAAUAUUGAGUGUCCAUAUAUAAAUAAGUGGUGAAGAUACAAGUGAUGGAGAACCUAUUUUCAGACAAAAAAAUUAACAGCAGUUUAAAUAUAACUAAGAGCAGAAAAACAGGGUUUUAAAAGUUUAGCAGCACUGUAAAAUGAAAGAAACAUUCAGUGGGAAUGAAAAGCAUUUUUUGCCAUAAAGCAAAUGGAUAAGACUGAGGUUAGUGAAAAAUAGAUAACUGCACUUUUGGGCCUCUGUAAUAACUUCUCAAGCCGUUUUCUUCCUCUUUUCUCAGAUUACCUUUCAAGGUAACCUUUCCCACAGCUACUUUGUGAGACUGAUGUCUGGAGCAUUAAGAACCCUAGACCAAGGUAUACACUCUGAAAACAUCUGUACUUGCAUCUAUGUGAGUUUUAUAUUACCACAUGGCUGUCCCUUUUUCAGCAAAAAAAUGUGCAACUGUUGUGGAAAAAGUUAUAAUGGUGUCUAAAGUCACCUUUUCAUAUUUUUCAAAUCAUCCAAUUCUGAGUUUACUCUUUCUGUAUUACAGAGAAGCAGGCGAAUUUGUCCUCUACCCACCUGACUGAAGAAGACAAGGAAUUUCUGCUCAAAAAAACAGGUAGUUUUUACUCAAAAGUCAUUCUGAUUAACAAAAACAACACAGGUUCGUUUUUAAACUUUUAUAUGUUUACUAAGAUCAAUUGAGUUUUUUUUAAAUAUCAGCUGUAUUGUUGUGAGCACAAACUGUAGGGCACGGCUGCACUUGUCAUUCCACCAUGAAUUAUAAAAAGAGAGAGGAUUCCCGUGUGUGUGAAAUGGCAUUGUUCACAGUUUGUGUCACAUCAGUGCAUGUUUAACUGGGCAAAACAAAAGCUUUUCAAUAUUUUAGUGUGCAGGGGCUGACAGAGUGAGGAGACAUGGCUGAACUGCUGUUCUGCCUCCUCCUGUCUCGUCCUCUCCUAUCUGGUGUCCUGUCCUCUCCCCUCAUGUCCUCUGAAGUGCUCUCCUCUCCUCUUAGGUUACACCGGCCUGAAAAACAGCACCUCAGAAUCUCUCUUGUCCUCCAUGUCAGACCACUUUUUACACAAUGAAGACAACAAGAGUUGACUUGCCAAACCCCCUUUUUUCCCAUUUAUCACUUCUCCAUCUGUCCUGUACUACAGGCUACAUUAGCUUCUGUGCACGGGCUUUUUAGGUUCCCUCCUCUGGGUUUGAAUAGUGUGUGCUAAGAUGCUGUGUUAAUCAAACUCUAAACAGGUACUCCAGGGUUUGGGCCUCAGAGGUCCAGUAAAAAGGCAACACUGCAGAAAUGAUUAACAAGGGGGCUAUUGAACAGAUGUGGAAACAGAGACAUUCAGAGGAACACAGACAUAUAGAGAGAGCAGAUUGUUUGAAGAAUAAGAGAAAGUUGGCUCAAUUUUACACGUAGAGUUGAUUUAUAUUUGUUUUUAAAUGAGCUCACAUGUCAUCAGAGCAUCAGGCUUUUUUAAAUAUUGUUGCUUUGUGACUGCAGCACAGACAGAGCCCUCGUCUGCGUCUUGUUCUUUGUGUUCCUCUGCUGAGUCAACCGCAGACAAGGUCUUUGAGGCUCCCUACAACCCACUCUGUGUCCUUGUUCAGGGACUUGUCUGAUUAGGCAUCGGCUAAUUAGGUCUGACUAGCCAGGCUUUUAAGUCACACGCCAUCACGCGCGAGGCCUGGUUAAAAGUUGAUGGAUGGAUGGGACAUUAACUGUCGAGACAGAGAAACAUUACUGGUGGGACAUUCCGGCAAGAACGAACACCGUCUGGGGGAGCUGUUCCAAACCUGUGGGUCGAGACCCUCCAUGGGGUUCGCAGGACAAAUACAGAAUAUUACAGACAUGAUGUUGUUUUUUAGAUCUGUAUGGAAAGAAAGUAUGAUUUAAAUGAGAUUUGCUAGACAUAUAAUCCAUUUCCUCUUUUCGAAUUUAACAAUCCAGACCAAAUGUCACCCAUGUUGUCGUUCACUAACAUUCGAUCUUGAGGAAUAAUAGUCAAACUUUUGGGAACCACGUGUAUGGAAACAUCUUCCUGCCAAAAAAAAAAAAAAUUGGCAUAAAUUGUUUGUAAGAAAUGGACAUAGCAAUCCUGAAAUCACCUUUUCUUUUUGCAAACUUUUGAAGGCCUCUAUAUUUGGAGACUUUGGCUGUUCCCUCCUGUUUUUUUGGUAGCCAGAAAGAUUCACAUAUAGAGCCACAAUCCAGGUUAACAUUUUACCAUGGUAGUUUGACGAAGGUUGCUACACAUGGGUGCGCUAAAUACAGCAGUUUUAAUAUUAAUUUCAUAUAAAGUCUCCUGAGAUGAAAAAAGAUAUUGUUCUUUGAAGGGACACCUGGUUAGUUAGCAUAAAAGACUUUUAAAAUAAAAAAAUAUAUAAGAUUGAGACAUGCACAGUUUAAUAGAAAGAUAACAGACAGAUCUGAAAUGUAAAACUUAAAAUAAGGAAAGUAGGAGUGUAGACCGUAGAACAAUUAAGAGACUGUGUCAGCUUCUCACAGAUGUCUAUUAAGUUGAACCCUUUUUCCAUCCAGUGCCGUGGCUACCUGCUGGCGAUUAGAUAGAAUUCAAUCUCAGAGUACGUCUGUAUUGGUUUCUUACUGCACUAAAGACCACAUCUUCUUUUUAACAUCCAUUUCUGCCAUAUUGAUAAGCUGGUGGUCCCUUAUGGUCAUGGUAAAAUAUUCAGCAUGUAUUGUGUUUAAAUCAUUUUGCUCUUGUGUUGUGAAUUUCAAACAUUUUUUGAGAGAACUCAUACAGUAGAUAUUUGAAAAUAAAGCAUUUAUCAAACAACCAGAAAGGGAUCUUUAGUUCCCCCGAAUCAAGCUGAUACAGUUACACCACCAGAGUGGAUAUAUCUGACAGAAAUCACAAUCUGGAAAAGCAACAAGAGCUGAAACAGAGCUAUGUGACAAAAAAGCAGUGUAGUCAGAUAUUAAUCGAGACAUUUUAACUUUGUCAUGAGAGCAUUUGCCAGCUGCAAGGCGCUCUGCUGAUGUUUAGCCUGAGGGUGUGACAGACAGGAAGGGAUGUUAUGCUAUCACAGCGUUUGAUCACCGGCAUCACGGGAACACAGGUAUCAGAGAGAGGCUCCUAUCUCUUACAGCUGUUCAAACUCUGUCGUGGGGCUUUUCUACUCAUUGGUGGAAAAUGGCAAGAAGACUUUUUCAAUCUGAAGAUGAAAACUAAGCUCUCUUUUACCUUUACGUCAGUUUUAAAAAUCUUUGUCAGCUCCAGCAGAGCACUUCUUUACAGCCGAAUAGACAGUCUAGAAAAAUAAACUUGUGAAUGAAGCUGAAGAGCAAAAUAUUAUCCUUUAAAGCUGCCAUUUGAUGUGUGUUAGUAGGCAUCACAAUACAAUCACUGGGCUUGCUCAUAAUGGAAGUCUAAUCAAUGUAUGGACCCUGCCCCCUACUGUCAAUGAUGAAAAUGACAUCAAUAAUCAAUUAGUGGAUGUUUAGUGUUGAGGGAGUUAAACACCAAAUAUUUCUCUUCUUUAGGAGAAAAAAAGCUUUUAAGGAAAUGAAUAAAAUGUAAUCACAAUCAAAUCAUGACACCUAUUGUCGGGGAAUUUCCUUUUAUUUUCAGCACACUUCCUUAUUUUGACACUUUCUAUGUGUGUAAAAUAUUUGUUCCUUAUAUAAAGAAAAAAAAAGCUUGUUUCAGAAUUUAACCUUAAGUGUUUUCUUGUCUGUUUUGAUAGAAAGAAUCCUCACAGAGCUGUCAUCAUCAUCCACCUCAUGCUGUAUAAUCAGGGAAUACAGCAACCUCUUCUGGACAAAAGAGACAGCAGCAGAGAGUGAGCUGAAGGCAACACAGCACAUGUGAGUAUCACCUACUGUUCCUGCAAAUCUGACAAAUUCAGGCUCUCAGGAAUUAUGACAACAUUUCAGGAGAUUAAACUGCAUUUUAUCAUCAUUACUGCGCCACUGCUCAACAGUUAUAGAGGUUUGGAAUCAAGCCAUCGACUCUUACUGACAUCUCACAGGAAAUGUUAAAAUCCCAAAUGCCUGGCAUCACAUCCGAACAGAUAACUAACUAGUAAUUUGACUUGAAAAAAAAUCGUAUUAUUGCCUGGGGAAGCGUUAAAAAGUAUCCUGUGAUCAAUGUAUCUGAUUAGUUUGCUUUGACGGUACACUGGUGAGCUAAUCAGGCCAAAGGGAUCAAUGGAGCGGGCUGUCACGCUGCCUUGAAUUCCUUCUAUCAUCGGGUAACUACAAUGUAAAUGACUGGGUACUAAAGGAAACCCUACUGGGACGCAUACUAAACUCUGCCUGUGCUGCAUGGUGCACAGGGGAAUCUCUACAGACACUUAGCCAGUUCUUAAUCAGUAGUGUGCGAAAAAUAGGUCCCUAUUACACAGCGCUCUCUCACUCUCUUAUCAUCAUAUUUGUCAGAGUGGCUUUAUUCAUUUCCAGAUCAGUUUCCUCAGACGGUAAACUUUACAGCCCUCGUAGCAAAUCCUUGUGGUGCGAUCCUUAUUGUUGCUGAUAGGCUCUGAACCUCUCUUCUUCUUCCCUUGUUGCCUCGUUUUCCCUCUCUCUCUCUUUUUCUCUUUCUCCCUCUCUUUUAGUAAGAGCUACAAGGCCACCAGAUGCUCUUCCAGCCUAUUCGUCUUGUCCUCCUCACAGACAAACUAAUUGCUAAACAAAAGGUGCUGGCGUGUCCUGUCGAGUGCCCUUGUAAAUGCUUUACAGCUGCAGUCCCAUUCUGCCUGAUAGUUAAGUGGCUAAUUAUAAAAGGACCACAAAAAAAGGCUGAUUUUGGAUAAAGCGGAGGAGGAGGAGGAGGAGGAGCUGGAGGUUGUGGUUUUAUAGCCUUCUACACAGAGUAGCUAUCACAGUUAGCGCAACAGAAAUAAACUACUCAGACAAUUAAUGAGCCGACUAGCUUUUUGUUAUUGUUGAAUAUAGAGGCUGUAAGACUGGGGUACUGUUUAUAUGACAUGCAUUGAGUUUAAAGCAGGAGCACUCAAGUUUCAUUAUCACUUCUUUUCUGCUAUCUUCUUCUACUGGAUGGAUCUCCUGGUUAUAUUGUCCAUUAAUACCUCAUCGUUUAAUCUAAAAGAUAGCUGGAAAUUUGGAAGCAAUUGCCCUUUAAAGUUUCCCAGAGCACAGACAAGCAUGCAUCAAUGAUCAAAUUUAUGUUUAAAAAUACAACAAUAUAGAAGAGUAUAUGUACAGCAUGAUCACAGCUUCUAUCAUUUUUUCUAAGUCUUAAAAAAAGGCCUCAAAAGCCUUAAAUUUGUUUUUGAGUAUAUGGUGCAAGAACCGUUUAAGUGCACCUAACAAUCUGUUCAAAAAGUUUAAUUUGAAAGCUCGAUGCUCAAGCUUGCAUUCCUCCCUCCAGACUUGAAUCUGCAUCUUAAUGUUGUUAUUUUGGCAAGUACAGGGCCACUAAAUUGCAAAAAUCUUUGUCUUUAUUUUGGGCUCAGGCUGCCAAAGUAAGUUAAAGUGAAGCCUCUGUAUAUCACAGUGUCUGCUGUCACAACGUCACCACUCAGACCAGCUUGAAAUAAAGAAUUGUGUGAGAUGUAACGGACGAGGAGAUGAUGUUUACUCUGCAGAUGUAAAAACAGCAUGAAAAGGGGAACUUGGCAGGAAGUCGUUGAACACAAACUGCUGGCUACACAGGACUCACUGAUAAAAAUUGGUACCUGUCUCCAGAGGCAUGUCUUGCAUGGCUUCACCUCACAGUGAUAGAUGACAGUUGCCAGUGGGGUCCAGGGUUGAAAUGAAUCAAAUGCAGCACUACUCUAAAACAAACUUAGAUGUCCUUAAAAAAAAGAAGACAACCUAUUUGAAUCAGUGACUUUCCUUCAGCCUAACUAAUAUAAUAACCAGGGUUGUUGGAUUGGGUUACAUAUUGUUCAGGUACGAAGAGGUGCUGGAAAUGCCGGUUUUGAUACGUGUCCGUGUGAUUGUGUGUGUGUGUGUUCAUUCUCCAGCCUGUGUAACUGUGCUAAAGUACGUGGUUUUAUAAAGCUGUGAUGGUGUGUGUACUCUUCAGCCUGUCUGUGUACAGGCAGAAAAAAACAGAGAGCCCCUGACUCCUUAUCUUGACAAAGUUGGGUAAUUAACGACAGAGCCUAUUAAAGGGAGAAUAUUCAGCCAGUGAUGAAUGGCUUUAAUAACAGGGCCGUGUUCUCUCUAACAGAGACAGAUCCUCCCGCCACCGUCUCCCUGCCCACCAGAUAAAACUACCCACACUCCCAUCUCACCACACUCUUCAUCUUGCCUUUUCCCAUCGGCGGUCCUCUUCCUUCUUUAUUUUCUCUCUCUGUUCCUUUUUCACUCUUUUUAAAAUGUUUUGCUCCUCUUUCAAAGAUUUCCUCUUGUCGUUUUUUUUUUUUUUUGUCUGUGCAGUUUUCUAAAAUUUCAUCUCUUUUAGACUGUGCACAGUACACAAAAUCGAGAGCCACCUUUUUUUUCUAUCUACCUGCGUGAAUGUCUGUGUUUUUGUGGAUAUGUCGGUGCAUGCUUGUCUUGUAAAACAUCAUUAGCCUUUUUGUGUAGGAGCCAUGCAAAUUGGACAGUUAAAGAAGCGCCACGACCGAUUUAUGUUCCAGUGCAGGCCUUUAACAGGGGCUGUGCUCCUGUUUUAUGUGUCCAGGAGGGGUAGGGGGCAAGGGCUUACCACAGGGGUCACAUUUAUCUCAGCUCUAUAUUGUAAGAUUGGUCCAGAUGUCUGUCCUCAUUACAGCUCUGAAAGUGAAAACAUUCAAAUGGAUGUGAGUUAAGCAGACGGUGCCCCAGGAACGGGAUCAAAACUAAACUGUAAUGGUGUUGCAGUGUAAAAACAGUUCAUGUUCAAUUUCUCAUACGUUUGAUGUGAAGGAUCGGUCACAUUAAGAUUUUUUUAUAGUUUAUCAGGGGGUUAAAAGACACAUACCUGUUUUUGCUGGACAUAAAUGUACUUAAUCAACUGUUUUCUUCUUAUAAAACAUGUUUUAUUUGCAAUUUAGUUAAACCAAACCUUAAACCUGAAAGGGUCCAAGCCAGCAAAAACAUAUUUUGGUCGCCUCUAAACCUCAUGACUUAUCUUUAAAAAAUUGUAACCGACUUCUUAGACUCAUGUAAAGAAGGUUUUGAACCAUAUUCCAGCAGUCUGUUUCAGGAAAUGAUGCAAACGAGGAGAACAACUAUUUGGGGUCUCAGGGACUCACUGACUGUUUCUUCUUUUAUUUUUUAUUGGAUUAAUUUUCAUUUUUACACUUCCAGAUCUCCAAGAAUUGUCACAGAUUUUCUAUUAAGACAAAAAAUAUUAAGUUACAACAGUGAGGUCCCCAAAAACAAGAAAACAAUGUUUGUGUGUGUCAAGAAUGACAGUAAAAGGUGUUUUUCUUUUCUUUGUGUUUGUUUCACAGGCUCCAAAAAGCCAGCAAACCACAGAAAUGACAGAAGACGUUGGACGUUUGCAGUUUAGUAUCAGGUUUGAGCCCUGUCGUACACACACAAACACACACUUACACACUACAAAUUACACGUUACACCUGAGUCCUCUCUGCAAAGUGUCUCCCAUGUGUGUUGAGACAUUCUUACAGGGGUUGAAGCAUCAGGCGCCCUCUCACAGGACCAAAGACAACCAGUCCAUUAAAAACACAUGAGAGUCUAAUUAGGGUCCCCUUCGCGCAGGGGGGUCUCUGAGGUAGCAGUCAUUGGGGAACGACACUACCAGGACCCUGACACUGUGAGAACACACUCUGCAAAUUAAUAGAGAAUGACCAAGAAGUGCGUCUGUGACUGACUGGGACCUCUGCUUCCUCGGAGGCAAAAAUGUUCAGUGUUGAUUGCUCUCAUUAAAUUUGUUAUAGUGAUAUAAUUAUGAAAAUAUGUCUCUGGGAAAAUGGGAUGACUCUUGGUGUGUGGUUAGUUUGCACACUCUGGUAAAUUUGAUAUGAAUGUUUAAUAUUUAUACGGUUCGUGUGACCUUUAAAUGGGACCAGGGGAGUUGGAGUUGUUGAGUGCGUUUUAGUUUGUUUCCUCAUUUUACUGGUGAUUUAAAACCAUUACACAUCUCUAUUUUGGCCUUUUGAGAGAGUGAUAGUUAACCAUCCUGAACAUAACAGAUCUUUUUCUAAUUUGUUCUGGAUUCAAGCAGGAAAAGAUAUUCGACCAUAUUUCCCAUAAUAAUUAGGUUGAUAAUAACGUACAGUGAAUUAUUGCAUUUUUGUUAUUCAGCACAAAAGUCUUUCCUCUGCUGCGUGUCAAAUGAGAUAUUAGUGCGGACAUAAUUCUUAUUCUGGCAGCAGCACGGUGACUGAUAUUAUUUAAAUUACACCUCCUUGGGCAAAGUAUUCGGAAAUACUUUGCAGAUGGGAAUUUAUCACCAAGUGGUGUCGAGAAAAUGAGGGACAUCAGAGUUUGAUUACGCUGACAAAAAUGUCUUUUUUUUUUUAAAGGGAAAUGACUAAUGUUAUUAACAACAGACUGAUGUGUGCAGAGCUGCUACAACUGACAAGAUCAGCAACUUUUUACUGAUAGAUUUUACAUUUUAUCUUCACAUGGAAAAUAUAUAAUACUAUCUAUAAUACUAGUAUCUUGAUAAUACUAAAUACUUGUUUGUGUGGUAUUGAACCCCUCAGACAUGUAUGCACAAUUGGCAGCCAUUAAAAUCUGGAUGUUGUAUGACCAAAUCUCUGUCAGAUUUAAAGCAGUUUUGCUCAAACUACAUCAUUUUUUCUCAGUUGGACCUGGACCAGGGAUCUGACUCAGCAACUACUGAAGGUCAGUGAUUUAGUUAUUAAAGAAGCUCCAGUCUACAUUUUUAAAAUCAUGCAUGAACUGACAAUUGAGAAACAAUUUUGUAUCAGCCAUGCAACUAGCAACCCUAUUUUUACACGCUUCUACUGCAUGCAGAAAAAAAAUGUAUUAUCAAUGUAUGCUUUAUAAUAUACCUCUAUUGCAGAAGAAAAAAAUAUAUAUUAUUGUUUAGAUGUAUUUUUGUCAGACACUUUAGUUUCAGCCACAAUAUACUGCUUAAAAGUUCUUAUAAAUGUGAUAUAAAAAAUGACAUAUUAAAUACGCUCAUACAGCGCUGUCACUUUACUUAAAGCACCUUUAGUCAUGCUUUAGCAUGUUGUGAGAAUUCAUAAAACCUUUUUAAAUGGAGAAUCACAGUGAUGAUAACUUUUUAAAUGAUACAUAGAAUGAGAUGUUUAUUAACCUUUGUAACUGGGUAUAGGUAUCAGAGUUAUAAUAUGUUUUGAAACCCGGAGUUCAAAUUAUGCUGUUUUUCUUUUGCAUUCAGGUAUGAUGCCUUAUAAGCUACACCUUUAUGAGGCAUUGUGCUCACUGUUUAUAUCACUCCAUAAACAUUAAUAAAAGCUGUUAUACAUGCUUAUAAACCUUGGAAGGGGUCUUCUAAAGCCUUAUAGAUGAAGACUGUACUCUACACCAAAAUGCACCAAAGACAAAAUUAGCACCAAACUUCUGGCAUAGUGUUGAAUUCAGAGGCUAAAAUCCAAAUAGUGAUGGAAAAAAAGACAAGUGUUCUUAUAAACACUUAUUCUACAUAAAUCAUCUCCGUUUAACAACUGAUGUGGUUUUCAGAGAUAAAUUUCACAUUAUUUUUUAAUGUAAUUGACUGAUUUUAAUUUGAAAUCAGUUUUUAAUUUGUCAAUAGAGAUCUUUCCUUAUUGAUGACUUCCCAAAAUCCAGUUUUGUCACUUUUAUUCAUUAUUAUAAAACUAUAAAAAUGUCAAGAGUGAUAAAUAAGAUACAACCUGACUCACCUGUACAGCCUCCCUCCCCUCUCCGUCCACCUCCCCGCUCCGCUCUGCUCUGCUUUGUGUUCUUUGCUGUGACAGCUCUGGCCUUUAAGCUCAGCACUGUUAUCAUUUCACAUUUGAAACAGGAGUGUCGUUAACAUCACCUCACUGUUGCAGUGACUGACAGCUGUUUGACUCCCUUACCUCAAUAAUGCAGUUAAAGGGCUGACUUACAAUAAUGCAGUACUAAAAAUGUCAGCAGCUCGAUUGAAUUUUAUUGGUUUUAAAGCCGGUGACUGAGGGCUUUUAUGGAGCACUUUCUUAAAUAUCAUAUGGUGAGAUAGUGCUGUCUAAAUUGUAUGAAACAUUAUGAACCUUUACAGGUUUAAGGUGGCAGAUUAUUACUAUUUCUCAUUUGGGGACCGCUGUAUGCUCACUUCGAUAUGCGAUGGCUAUUUUGGCCAAAUAGCAAACAUAACAGGCCCUCUCUGUUGACUUUAAGAUGCCAGUAUAUCAGAAACAUGCCUCCUGCAGACAUGGCUGUAUGCAGCACAUUAACUGAACUUUAACCCACUGUUCUGGCCAUCGAACCAUAAUCUAACACAUAUGGGCACCUUUUGUUUCCUACGCUCUAUCAGAAAUCACUCUGUAAUAGGGUGUUGUUAGUUUUUAACAUAAACCUGCCACUCUCAGAAGGUUACAGCCACUUCUGGGGAAAGUUUAUGUGUCUAUGUAAUUCUGCAGAUUCUGUACCAACUGUUUUAAAUCAAGCCUUUUUUUUCAUUUAUGUACUGCAGGAUUGUAUUACGGUAUUACAUUGGUUGUGACCUCUCGAAUGACCCCAAAGGAAUCAGACUCGUUGCAAAUAAUAGUGAAACGAGAUUGUUGGACAUAACACCCUAAAAACCUCUUAAAACAAUCCCAAAUGCCUCCAGCAGACGCCAUCCCAUUUCACUAACACAUUGAGAAUUUUACUCUGACGAGAACGCAGAUUCCCAAAGUACUCCAAAAUGAAUUACAUUGUGGAUUAUCAUGUAAUUAUAGAUCUUUCCAAAGUCUGAUAGAACAGGAAAAUUGAGUUCUGAAUAUUUCAUAAUGCGUGGCACCAUCUUUGUUGAGGAAAUUAUUUAGGGGCAGCAUGCUCAUUUGCAGAAUGGAUAAAGGUUCAGAGUGAGGCACCAGAGAGCAGUAAUUGGAAAUCUCCAGUGAGUCAAAGAAGUCAUUCACAGAUGAGCAUUUCAACUCGAUAACUGUGCAUUCAGAACAACAUUAAUCCUCAGCCAGACAAGAGCUAUCAGCCGCCAUCCAAACCCAUCAAGCUGCUGUCAGAUACGAACAGAGAUGUGACACAGAAAUAAACGACAAUGUGACCUAAUGUGCACUUUUUUUCCAACAGGUGGUGUACUCUCUCUCUCUCCUGGCCUCCAUCACUGCCAUCACUGCAAAGAAAUGGUAACUUCUCAGACUCACCAGGGAUUUUAACUUUUAACUCAAUGUUCGACAUUUACUAAUGCAGCCAUAGGGAACUUGAGGGAAGGUAUGUCUCAGACAAGUGCAGCUAUUAGACACUGAAUAAAUAUCAGCCUUAUAAAGUAAAACACAACGGCUAAACAACUUAAGCUUGGAUGAAUCACACACUUACAGAGCAUGAACACUCUCAGAUGUAAAAGAAUCAUUUUGUUGCCCCUAGAAAACAUAUGCAGAAGUGCCAGUUUUGAAAAAUGUCAUCUUUAAAAGGCAAAUCUAAAUGUCAGAGAGACGGAUACUUUACACAUAGAGAUCUCUGCCUUCUGGGCCUAACACAGAAAGGCGCUAGAAUAAUAUUUUUUCCCAGUUGAAAUGAACUGCAAUUACCCGGCAUCAAGCAUACAAAGCUCACAUUCACACUCACAUAGCCUGGAGAGGAGCAUGGUCACUGUUUGCUACAUCACUCUGAGUAUCAGAAAGACAGAGCAAAGGAAUGUGGUUUCUCUUGUAACAUGGAAAAAUAAGAGGAUUUGCAGUUAAAGAGUCUGAAAUAUGCUGCUGAGAAGCUACAAAUGCAUUAAAUCUGGUGAGCUGAGAUAAUUGUCAACAGAGAAUUUACCCAUCACCAAAAAUCAUCAGCAUCGAGGCUGAUUAUUUCUCUGUUGUGACUUUGGAUACCUGAAAUCACAGGUUUUAGACCAGAUGAUCAACAACUGGCUGAAGAAACAGUCUUUUUAUAUUUUUCCAAUAUGUAAUAGUAAGUUAUAUGGUUUGCUGUUUUGAGGUUUUUGUCAGAAAGCACUAUUUUCACAUGGAUGAGACAAGAAAGAAGAGGUAUCACUUUGUCCACAGGGGGUGCAACAACUAACACAAACCAAAAGUUCCUUCUGAUUGGUUUUCACCAUAGACUGUAUAUAGAAUGGACAGAGUCUGCCUCCUCGCUGGGUGAAGCCACUCCAAGAACAGCACCCUCUGUUGACGGGCUGCAGUAUAGGUCAUAAAUCCCGCCUCCGCCAGCAAAGCUUAUGGGGCUGUGGACAAACUUUAGAAUAAGAAUUUUUUUCCCCGCUGCUUGUGAUGUUGACAUGUAGUUAUUGUAACACUGGUUUUUACUCGUCUUUUUUUCUGUACAGCUGUUUUUAAAAGUUAUUGGGGGGUUCAUGUUUUCUAUGAUUGACACUUGAUACAGCCUAUGGGCAUACGAAGAUUGCGUAGCUCACCCGAGGGAUACGCUGUUUGAGCCGAGCGUCAUCACAGCAACUCUCUGCAACUCUCCCGCCGAAUGAUACAAUGCUACUGCGCAAGUGGUGGAGUGUGUACAACUCUACUGGGCAAUGUUGGUUUCAGGGAAUGGAGAAAAAUCGCGGAAAUACCGAGAGCUUUUUGGCUUCAAAUCUGUAUAAUGAUAGGAGGCGGAACCAAGUUGUCCAUAGUAUAUACAGUCUAUGGUUUUCACUAAUCAAAUUCAGGCAUUUACCACAGCAGGGUAAGAAAGCUGGGUAAUGAUGAACAAUUUUAUACUUUUGCAGUUUACAAAACUGUGCUUCAAAAUGCCAAAUUUAAGAAGAAGAAGAACUUUAAUUAUCUCUGAAGGGAAAUUAAAUGAAUUUAAGGGAGUGUUUAAGAAUGCCUUGCACCCAAAAGUUGACUUGGAGAAUAACUGAUGAAGUUAUUUGAUUAAAUUAAAACUUAGUGGACUGUCAAAACGAUGAACAACAUCACAUUCAGUGUUCUCUUAAGUUAACUGUUGCAUGAAAGCUUGUUCAUCUAAGGUGUUUGCAACUUUUGUGUGUUUGUGUGCACUUUAUUUGUGCAUGGGCAAGGGUUUUUUUUGUUGGCAUGGGUCACAACUCCUGCCCAGAGGAGAGCCAAUACAAAGCAAGUGGAGCAGCAAGCCCUGUUUGGGUCUAAAUUUUGCAUGCUGGUGAAUGUCAGUCUCAUAAAUAAGCAAAGCAGGGAAUAAAGCCCUCUUUGGUCCUCCGUUUGUUUUGAAGUUUGUCUUUAUGGAAAAUGUCGGGACUUCUCAGUGGGGAGUACGAGCAGAGGCUUGAGUGGAUGGUUCAACCUCAUUUCAUCACCAGUGGAGCUUAUGAAGGUAAAGGGCCGAAUGCAGAGCAAGUUAAGAAGAGGAGAAGGUGCCAGAAGAGAUGACGACUGAGAAGAAGAAGAGGUUAAGAAAGGGGCGAUGAAGACACGCCUGUUUAUCUCCUGUUCCUGCAGUUCUCGGUCAUAGGUUUUCAUACAAAUGUUUAAGGUCAUGUGUCAGGUGAGGAAGAGCUACUCUUAACUCUGUGGCUGCAGGGCACCUUCAACCUACAGGGCAUUCAGGUUAGUCCUCAGCCCAACUGAGAACAACCGGGAUCUUCUCUUAGCAUGCUAAUGAGACAGGAACAAAUGCCCCAUCAUUUCUGGGGCUCCAUGUCCCAAAGUGCUUAACACUCUUCCUGUCAACCCCCCCUGACUCCAGCUGCUCCCAAAAAAAAAAAAAAAAAAAACCCUCCCUCACUUUUCUUUUUCCCCCUCUUAUGUUCUUUAAAUGAGCUUCCCAACUCUACUUCUUUCUCGCAAUUCAAUUUUACAAGGCCAUUAUCCCGGGUGUAAUGUGGAGGUUAAAUAUAUCGGGGCAGACGUUAUGUGAAAAUAAUUAGUGCUAAUGAAUAAUGCACUCAUUCAGCUGAUGAAGGAUGGUUGGCAGGGUAAUGGAGAGCAAGGGAGGGGCCCCUCUGACAAAUGAAAUUAAAAUAUUUAAACACUGUUUGAUGAUAUUACCAGGGCCAUCACACUCUUUCUCUGUUACCUACUCACUUUAUGGACGAGUCUGGCCUCUGUGUGACAUGAUAAUUCUGCCAUUACUCACACACAACAUCCGUCUUGCCAAUGACAGAGCCCAGUUACAAGGAGGAAGGAGGAAACAUCCCUGCACCAUUUUUUUACAGUACCGUACGCCAUGGCUAAUCAUCCUGCCCCGAUGAUCACUUUGAGGACACUAGAGACGCCAAUGCUAUCGACAGCAGCUGUCUGUCUGCCAGAUUAUAUUUCCUUUCCUUUAUUUAUUGCCUCCACACUCAUCUGGACUCUUAGAAUCUCAUUCUGCACCCAUCAUGUGACAAUGAAGAAUGUAAGGUUUAAAUCACCCAGUUUACAGCACCCUCCCAGCCAAUUGGCCAUCUCCAAUCAAUAAUGGUGGUCCAAGAGCCCUGUGACUGAUAAAUGGCAGAGCACCAACACCAUUUCAUUAGACAUGAUGUCUAGAUGAGGAAAAAGGAGAGUGUCUUUGGCAGGGGACAGAAAUCUCAUCAGCUAAUAACAGAAAAGUCUCCACAGGGUUUCAUGACACUUAAGAUUGAUCAGUUCACCAAGUUUACCAGACAGCAUUUACCCUGAAAGUGGCGACCUUCAGUGCUGAAAAAAACGGUGCAGAGGUGCAAAAACACUGCAGAUCCGCGAGUCGCCAAAAAACAAGGAAUCUUCUUUAACACCAUUAAAACCUGGUCUCAAUAGCUGUUAUCUGUCUUUAAAAAAUUAGGUCUUUUUUAUUCCUUGUGAAAAUUAGUGAUGGGCACGGCAGUUCUUUUAGAUGUACUGAAUCACUAGAAUCAGUUCACUAAAAAGGAUGAGUUCAAAAGAUUCGUUCACGGUUCAGGAUUCAGUUCCAUUUAAAGCGUCUGGGACCGGGAGACGAGAGUGUUUGUCUGUGUUGCUUUGGCAAUCAGGUUUGUAAAAAUGAACUUGUUUAUAAGUCAUGAUGUUUUAAGUGUACUGUUCUAUGGUAUGCUAUUUAUCAGGUCUGCUCGGUAAAUUGAUUCGUUUGCUCAGUGAGUGAUUCGUUCACUGAACGUUUAGAAGAAUUCACACUGGCAGGAUAAUUAAAUGACAAAACUCAAAAUGAGAAUUGGAAGAACCAGGACAGUCAUGAGUUCAGGGUUAUGUUCAUUUUCCACAAGACAAUCAGUAUAUGCUUUAAAAAGAAACCCCCAAAAAAGCUGAGGGCAUUUUGAGAAGGAGCUCUUUCCCCCCAGAGAGCCAAAGCACCAAGCCCAGCUAUGUAUGACAACUCCCAUUUAAUAAUCCCAUAUUUUGCAGAUUGGCACCACGCACAUUUGACUUGUAAAACAGACCUAAUUACUGAGAGUGUGGCGAGGAAGCCACACAUCAAACAGUACGUUACAGUAAAAGCUUAUGAUCUUGGUUGCCGUCUCUCCUUUCUUCCUCCCCUCCCUUGCCUCCACCCAGCAGAAACACUGAUUAUAACAGGGACAUUAAAAGGGAAUUACAGCGAAACAAUUUACACUUAAUGUAGCAGUCAUAUGAACAGGGAAGAAGGAUGGACAAGGAUAUAGGAGUAUUAAUAAUACAUGCUUUAAUUAAGCUGCUGGGAAUGCAUGGAGCAGGAUCAAGGCACAGGGAAAGAGAAGUGAGAGCACGAAAAGACGUCUGAACGAGAAGAAGUGAGAAUGAGAGAGAAAGUGUAAAACAGAGAGGAGGGUAAGAAGUGGAGGAGGCGGGAGGAGGAUCGGAAUAUGUUGCUGUGAAUUUUCCAUGAUUCAUGGGCAGUAAAUAUGCAAAGCCUGAUGGCCACAAGGCAAUCAGAGGAGCGCCACUCAUCUACAUGUUGCACAGUGGGCCAUAAUCCAUCUGAGGGGCACGAAUAAUGAUAGCAGGAAGCAGGAAUAAGAGCAGGGUCUGUUUAUUACCUCCGACAGAUCCAUAAUGCAUACAGAUGUGAGGCAGGCGAGCGGCAGCCUCUGGCCACAGAACUCCAGUGAAAAGUGCAGAUAGUAAUAUUGUUUUUAGUGUAAUGAAAGACAAUCUGAUUUAAGCACCUAUUAAGGGACAUAAGUCUGCUGUGAUAUAAAGUUUUAAAGGGAGCGCUUGAGCUGUAAUGAUCACUGAUAGAGAGUGAGGAGGAGCUCAUCUGACACCUCAACAGAAACAUUAAGAUCACUAAUUGAUUAUAUAGAUUUUAAAAUAUGCUGUGCGGUGAUAUAUGAGGUUACGAUUCGCCCUCUAUGCAUAAAGAAGACUUCCGCCAUCAUUUAGGAGUCAGAGCAUUUGUUGCUCUGGCUCCUCUGCUGUGAAAACCUGACUCACAAUAUUCUUCAUUUUAAUCUUUGAGCAGACAUAUUCCUCUCUUGAUUUUAUGAUUUUAUGUCUGUUGAUCUACUUAUUGUUUUUACUUGCAAACAUUGUUUUAAAUUGUUCCACUUUUAUCCUGUACGUCUCCCAGUUUUAUUCCUACAUUGUUGUGCAUUUUAUUGUUGGGUUUAACAUUCAUAGA